CGGACUAAGCUAAAAUGCAGCUCAUCCAAGUCCUAUUCCUCCAACUCUCUUUUCUCUAUUGAAGCAAAAGCCAUCUUCAAGUGACAAUAAUGAAGACAACAUCAAAGCUUGCAGUUGUCACAGUUCUAGUGCUGCUUCUUGCUGAAGCACACAUCUCUCUGGCUGUAACGUGCAGCGCAAUUCAGCUGAGCCCUUGCCUUGGCGCGAUCACAUCGAAUUCACCACCAUCCACUCUCUGCUGCAGCAAGAUCAGGGAACAAAAACCUUGCCUUUGCCAAUAUCUCAAGAACCCAAAUUUAAGGAACUAUGUCAACUCCCCUGGUGCCAAAAAGGUCGCUCGCACUUGUGGUGUUCCCUAUCCCAAGUGUUAAUACUACAUUUGAAGGACCAUAACUCUAGUUAUAUCUUGCUUCGUGCUAUGUGAUGUGUAGGGAGUGAAAACAAUAUGUUUGAUGGACUCUAUAUCAUGUGAGUCGCUGUGUGUGCUAUGAUCUGCACUCUUUGUUUUUUUAUGUAUGUUUGUUUGCUUUUUAUAUAUGCACUCUGGAAUGAAAGAGAUGAACUCAUGCUACUUUAACAUCCAAGCUAUUAUAGACUAUAUGUACAAGUUCUAUCAUAAGUUCUACCAAGACCAUAUAUGGUAUUUCUUAA